AAUGCAACAUAAGAUCCUCGUGCACACUGCAGGGGGCGUUACGCAACUUUGUGGCUGAUAUGCUGUCGGAUUUUUUGUCCGAAGAAGUGAACCAGUGUUGUUGUAGUCAAAUAUUGACCAGACUCAGAUGUGUUUGUAGCGGUUUGUAGUCGUGUCUCUGGACAACAUAGGACCAACGCGGAAACAGAGGGGGUUUUGACAGCUGUAUGGGACAAAACCGUUCACAGGCUGCCAGAAUGACUUCCCCAGUCCGUCUCAUCGUGGUGGGAGCUGGCUGUCGAGGAGAGAUCUACUCCAGUUUUGGAUCCAUCCACCCCGAACGACUUAAGGUUGUUGGAGUAGCUGAUCCAAGGAAAUUUGCUCGCACUAAACUUCAACAGCAACACAACAUUGUAGAUGAAAACAUAUUUGAAGAUUGGCACACUAUGGUUGAAAGAGAAAAGUUUGCGGAUGCAGUGGCGAUUUGUACUCCAGACCGCCUUCAUAAAGAACCUGCAGUGGCUUUUGCCAAGAAGGGCUAUCAUAUUCUUCUGGAGAAACCAAUGGCAACGACUGCUGAAGACUGCACAGCGAUCGUGGAGGCUUGCACUCAGAGUGGCGUGAUGCUGUCGGUGGGACACGUUCUCCGGUAUGAUCCUGUCAUUCACAAUAUAAAGGAGCUGAUAGAUGCUGGAGCUAUAGGUGAUGUGAUGCACAUUCAGCACCUUGAGCCGGUCGGGUUUUGGCACUUUGCUCACUCAUUUGUCCGGGGAAACUGGAGGAAUGAAGAGGAGAGCUCUUUCGCUCUUUUGGCUAAAUCCUGCCAUGACAUCGACCUAAUACAUCACUGGGCAGGGACACGCAGGUGUUUGAAAGUUACAUCAUUUGGAUCUGUCAGCCACUUCGGAAAAAAAGACAAGCCAGCAGGUGCUGGGAAUUGCUGCCUGGAUUGUUCAAUAGAAGCAGACUGUCCAUACUCGGCACGCAAAAUCUACAUGGAUAGAGUGAAACAGGGUAACACUGGAUGGCCUGUAUCAGUUAUUUGUCCGAACUCGUUCCCUGACAUUGAGUCAGUGACUGAGGCCCUGGAGACUGGACCAUAUGGCCGCUGUGUUUACGAGUGUGACAAUGAUGUCUGCAGUAACCAGGUUGUUAACAUGGAGUUUGAAGGGGGUCUGACGGCAGCCUUUUCCAUGGUGGCGUUCACUGAGGAGAUAUGCAAGCGAAAAACUACUAUCUAUGGCAGCAAGGGGGAGCUGUCAUGUGACGGCCAUGAGGUACGUGUGUUUGACUUCCUGACCCAAAGAUCCACAAAGCACUCGCCGCUCAGUGGAGCCCCCAGGCGCUUCAUGUCCAUGAGUGGUCAUGGUGGAGCAGACUACUACCUUAUGGAUGCCUUUGUUUCUGCUGUGGCUAACAAUGAUCCGUCCCUGAUCCGCUCUGGUCCUGAGGAGACGCUGCUGAGCCACCUGCUGGUGUUUGAAGCUGAGCGCUCGCGGCUGGAGGGCCGGGUGGUGUACUGUGGGGACCUGGCCACAGAUAGACCACUGGAAAAAUGAAACUGAUGAAACCUUAAAAAUCAAACACUAUAAUGAAGCUUAGCGUCACCAUUUUAUUCUUUCCUGCUUUUACCCAAUCAGCUUACUGCAGCUGUUCACUCUUUAAAGUUAGACCAAUCAUCUGAGCCGAGGGCCAAAUCGUGGACUGUAAUGGGCCUGAUUGUUUACUGUAUGUUGCUCAGGGAUUUUAAUACUGUGUGAUGUGUGUAUGAACGUUUGUUUAAGUGAAUGAAUGUGUGAACCUGUUAAUCUUUUAAUUAUGAAGUAUUAUGCCAAUUAUUUUAUAAUUUGUUGUUAAAGGUGGGGUAAGUAAUUUCGGAGAAACCAGCUCGAGUGCGCUAGAAUUG